GUGAAGAUGGAGCGGAUGAUCCUCCUGUGUGCGCUUUCCACUUGUCUCUCAGCUGUGCACGCUCAGAAUUUCUUGGUGAGUUCUAAAUGGAUUCCUGUCGGCCACAGAGAGCGUGAGGAAAACAACGAUGGGACGGCAAUGGAUAAGAUAAUCAAAGUGAAUGAGUUUCACGCCACUCGGAUCAUCGACGGCACCACAACACUCAGAGAAGGAGACAUCGCUGUUUCUGCCGGGAGACGCUCCAGGGUCUGCUUCGCUCGGAGCUGCCUCUGGUCUAAAUCGGUGGACGGACAUGUCUACGUUGCGUACACGCUUUCACCUGAAUAUUCUGAAAUUGAGACAAAGCUGAUAAAGAAGGGAAUGGACAACAUAGAAGAUGUUACCUGCGUUCGUUUUGUUCCUCGAACUCACCAGAGGGACUACAUCGACAUCCAGCCAAAAUCUGGGUGCUGGUCUUACCUUGGUUCUCGCGGUGGAAGACAGACUGUAUCUCUGCAGAACCCCGACUGCAUGCAAGUCGGAGUGAUCGCCCAUGAAUUCAUGCACGCCCUGGGCUUCGUGCACGAGCAGUCCCGCUUCGACCGUGACAAUUAUGUCACCAUCAUGUGGCCAAAAAUCUGGAGAGAUCGACUCAGAAACUUUGAGAAGUUCAAAACUGACAGUCUGGACCUUCCGUACGACUACGGCUCCAUCAUGCACUUUGGGAUGUACGCCUACUCAAUGGACGGAGAACCAACCAUUGUGCCUAAGACCAACAGGAACAUCAAGCUCGGCCAGGCAUCGUCUCUCAGCCACAUCGACGCACUGAAAAUCAACAGACUGUAUGAAUGCGCUGUCAAAGACGAUUAAAACCGAACCAAACUGAGGUGAAACAAGAGUCACCUGAGAGCUGAGUCCUGCAACAUUUUCAAUAAAGAUUUCCUUCUGGCCUUCUAUCAACACUUCAUCAGUGAAAAUAAAGUCAUUUGAAGCAAAUC